UUGUAAACUGCUCUCUACUUUUUUCAACUGCUUUGAUUUGUUACAUAUGGCUACCAAGCAGCACUGCGCCUAUUGCUUCGAUGUCCUGGUGUCUCACCUUGAGGGCAAGCCGACCAGCCGCAUCCCUACAGGCUUUGACGCAAGCGCCUGCUACCCGCUCUUUGUUACAUGGAGUAAGCAGUACCGUGGCGACGACGACCGGCUACGCGGCUGCAUUGGCAACUUCUCGGCCAUGAAGCUUGGAAACGGUCUGCGCGAAUAUGCCCUGACAAGUGCGCUCCGCGAUACCCGGUUUAACCCUAUCACCCUGCGCGAGCUCCCACAGCUGUCGUGUUCGGUCUCGCUCUUGACAGACUUUGAGGAAGCCGACGACUACUUGGAUUGGGAGAUUGGAAAGCAUGGGGUGUGGGUGGAGUUUAGGAUGCCAAACGGACGGCGCCAAACCGCGACCUUCUUGCCCGAGAUUGCCGAGGAGCAGGGGUGGUCAAAGGAAAAGACGGUGGAUCAGCUGCUGCGCAAGGGCGGGUAUGAAUGGACGAUUACCAGGGAAAUGCGCGAGUCUGUCAAGCUCACACGGUACCAGAGCAAGAAGGCGAAGCUGCUGUACACCGACUAUAUUGGUAUGCGGCAGAAGCUAGAGGAGGCGUAG